CCUCCGACCACAUCACUAUUUUCGCUUCGCUCGAACAAUACAAAAAUACAAAUUAUAAACAAAAAUAUCUAUCUUUUAUUACAGAUGAUAACUUAAAACGUUCAAAUCUUGAAACAAUUUAACAUACAAGAUGUCAGACAAAUUAGGAUUUGAAGAUCUUCGGAACAAAUACAAGGAUGUGCUGUCUAAGGCCUUUAUGACCAACAAUAUCGACUUGCUCGAUUCAUUUACAAAGAAUACUAAUGAGACGGACAGGAAAGCGGCGAUGGACCAAGCUUUCAGGGACAAACUCUUGGAACUGCUAAUCGAAGAGCCGGACACAUUGGAAAACUACGUUUCCUUCUGCAUAGAGUCAUGUAGACGACAGAUGGUGACUCCUACAAUGCCAGUAGUGCUACUCGGCGACAUUUUUGACGCACUGACGCUGAAUAAAUGUGAAAAGAUGUUCUCAUACGUAGAAAAUGGCGUGAACACUUGGAAAGAAGAGUUAUUUUUCGUCGCUUGUAAGAAUAAUCUACUAAGAAUGUGUAAUGAUCUCUUAAGGCGAUUAUCAAGGUCCCAAAACACAGUUUUCUGUGGUCGGAUCUUGCUGUUUUUGGCAAAGUUUUUCCCAUUUUCUGAACGUUCUGGACUGAACAUUGUUUCGGAGUUCAAUCUUGAAAAUGUCACAGAAUUUGGUGGUGACAGUUCCAGUACAUUGAAAGAUUCUCUCGAUGAAGAAAUGGUGGUGGACAAUAAUGAGAAGACUAAACUGAAUAUUGAUUAUAACCUGUACUGUAGAUUUUGGAGUCUACAAGACUUUUUCAGGAAUCCUAAUAAUUGUUAUAAUAAAUUACAGUGGAAGACUUUUGUUGCUCAUUCCGGCAGUGUGCUAUCAGCAUUUUCAUCAUACAAGUUAGAAACCGUAGAACUACAGAAAUCUAAACUCAACUUACUGAAGCCAGUCAAGACGGUAGCUACUGAUGUUGAGAUGAAGGACUCGGAAACUAAUGAACCACAUUACUUUGCAAAGUUCCUGACAAAUCAGAAGUUGUUAGAACUUCAGCUGUCUGAUUCUAACUUUAGGAGAUGUGUGCUUGUACAGUUUCUUAUACUGUUCCAGUAUUUGACGUCUACGGUUAAGUUUAAAAUGGAACUUCAAGAGCUGAAAUCUGACCAAGUGGACUGGGUGAAGGAGACCACAACCCUGGUAUACAAACUGCUUGGAGAAACACCUCCGCACGGCAAGCAGUUUGCUGAGUGUGUCCAACAUAUACUGAAGAGGGAAGAACACUGGAAUAGCUGGAAAAAUGAUGGUUGUCCAGAAUUCCAGAAGCCAAAGCCCCCAGUUCAAGUGGACUCGACAGAUGAAGUGAAGAAGUCGAGAAAACGUCGCCGCCCUGUGGGAGAUAUUAUCAAAGAGUAUGAGGCACAAAGCAAGUCUUAUAUGGGGAACAAUGAACUGACAAAACUAUGGAAUUUGUGUCCUGAUAAUCUUGCUGCGUGCCGAACGAAAGAAAGGGACUUCAUGCCCUCCUUAGAGUCGUACAUGGUGGGCGGCGUGUCUACGUCAGCGGGUUGGGGCUGGCGGGCGCUGCGGCUGCUGGCGCGACGCUCGCCGCACUUCUUCGUGCACACCAACAACCCCAUCGGCCGCCUGCCCGACUACCUCACUGCCAUGGUUGAGCGAGUGACACGCGAGGUGGCGGCGAAUGCGGCGGCGACUGCCAACGGCGAGUCUUCUAAGAACCACAACGAUAAAGCUGCUAAAGCGGAAAACGCAGAGGAAGAGAUUACAGAGGAACAAAUGGAAGCCGACCUUAUAAAGGAAGGAGAUGCUAAUGAUAUCGAACAGGUGCCAGAUUCUACGCAUGCUGGCGAAGAGGAUUACGACAAAACGUCUCGUUCUCGGGUCACAAUGAUUUCCCCUGCACAACUCGAAGCAUUAUCCUCCAAACUGACAGAUUGGAAGAAGUUAGCCGCUAAACUUAGCUACAAACCUGAUGAAAUUCAAUUUUUCGAAACUGAAAAUGCCACAGAUGCUGCCAGAGCGAAAAAUAUGCUCCAACUAUGGUUCGACGAUGAUGAAGACGCGUCUGUGGAAAACCUUCUAUACAUUAUGGAAGGACUAAAGAUGGCGGAGGCGUGCGAAGUACUGAAAAGCGCCAAAUGACAUCCGCUAAAACGUAGCUGUAAGAGAAAGAUAAUAAAGUUUAAUUUGGAAUA